UGCACAGACAACAAGCAUGGCGAUGUUUCGGAGCUACUGCAAACUGCAGAGAGCUGUCGUACCAGAAUUAAAGAUUUUGAAGGAUAGCUGCUCUGCUGUAAAAGGAUCACCUCUCCAGAGAGUAUUCCAGUCCAGCCAAAACAUUCAUCACUUCGCACCAAUAACAUCCGCCCAUCAACACUUGAGACUCAAAGCCAGAACACCUUGUACUACAUUGCCAAACAGCAGCUCAAUCUUGGUGUGCAGUGGUUUGAGUCUUGACUUUAGUCACAGCUGCUUCCACAGCAGUGGCCAUCCCAGAAACAACAGCACCUCCACCAAGACGGAGAAGAGAGACGGUGAAGAGGACGUGCAAAGAACAUCACCGAGCAAUGAGGACAAAGCGAGUGAUGGAACUGAGAGACCAAAGAGUCAGAUUGUUGAGGAGGAGGACGAUGACGAGCCGAUAGUUGCUUUGUACGACGAGACGGGGAAACCGUUGAGUAAUUGGGUACGGAUGAAGAUGAUGAUGAAGGCAUAUGGGUAUGUGAUCAUACCUGUACAUUGGCUCAUCGCUCCGGUCUGGUUUGGGGCGUUCUACUACACGAUCAAGAUGGGUGUAGACAUUGGUCCCUUCCUCUUAAAGAUCGGGGUCAGCGAACACCAUGUUGAGACACUCAACAACUCCAAGGCAAGCAACGCCCUGUUGGCAUAUGCCCUUUACAAGAUCUUCACGCCUCUGCGAUACACCGUCACCGUGGGCUCAACGGAGAUGACGAUACGUUACCUGAGACGGAAAGGGUACAUCAAACACGCUCCUCGCAAGGAGAAGACGUAUCGAGAGUCACUUAAGGAAACGGUUCAAGGAGUCAAAGAGAAAAUUAGAAAAGACGAGACGUAAGCAUUUUUUUUUUUAUAUACAAGUUUGCACCAAAAUCAGGAUUGUAAACAAAAUAAAAAAUUAAAGGGUUGUUUAUCAAUGGUUUUUUUUUUCUUCAUGCAACUUGUUCUUAUUAAAUGAACUUUAAAUCUUGACGUCAUUAACUUAUACAUUUCUACCAUUCAUUCCAGCUGUUUUUUAAGUUUGUACAAAAUUAUGUCGUCAUUUUACACAGUUAACCAGUUGUCAGUUACAUGGCUUUUGACUGCCACCCCCGAAGAAAUAUUUUAACAAAAUAGGGAUACCGCCAACAUAGGACUCGAUAGAUGAGUCGGUAAAGAGUACCGUCACACUAAUCCGGAGUUCGUUGGUUCAAAUCUUGCAGAAGUCAUUUUUCUUCUUUGUUCAACCCCAAAUCAUUUUUGAAAAUAAUAAUUGAUAGGAAUUGAUAGCAGCUACACUCUACGCAGCUACAUUUUAAGUGAAGUCAUCUAAAGAGCUUCCAACUCUUCUGGAUUCUGCAGAAAUGAAAACUAACCAAUCUUUCCAUGUUUUGAUGAAAAACAUUGACAAUCUGGGUUUUCUGUGUAUAACUCUAAAUGUCCGGCUGUUGUAAGAAAUCUCCCUGCAAUGUGUAAAUGUUGGCAGCUCUGUGUAAUAAUUGGUUUUAUAUAACACCCAAGCAGAUCCUUGCCAUUUGAUUGGAGGAUUGUCCGUCACAUGGUAGCAAAUAAAAGUACUAUUGCAAGCUACGUCACUCACUGUGCAUUUUUCGUUUCAUCCGAAAAGUACUUUUGCAAGCUGAGUAAAAACAUCACUGCGCGUGUCUAGUCUUUGGUAACGCACCAGUGUUACAAGGCACAUACUACACAAAAGAAACGGGUGUACUUUCACAAAAAUUGUAGGCCUACACUUUUGUAAAGUUAUAUCCUCCAAUCAAAAUAACAACGAUCUACUUGGAUGUUAUAU